AUGACAUCACCACCUAGGGAAGAGGAGGAUGUAGAGGAUCCUCUUAAUACAGCAGGAGAGCAGCAAGCUUGUCUCAGGAAUUCGGCAGGAGUCACUUUAGAGAGAGAAGAUAACUCUGCGGAUGAGCCAACAGAAUUGGAAAGGGUACCUGUGGCACAGAGUGAGACUCCGAUACAAAGUUCACCGUCGAGUCCGAUACAAGUACCAAGGAGGUCAUUACGGAAACGUCCAAAAGUUUGUUAUAAAAGUAACUUUUAG